AUGACAGUAACGGAUAGAAAAGGUGAAUCCACAAUUAUGAGAAUCUCAUAUGAGUGGAGGUCGAGUAGAUGCUUUGACUGUAACACAUUCGAAUAUGUCUGUUACAAGUGCCCGAAAAUGAUUGAAGAAGAAAGAAAGAAGAAGAUCGAGCAAGAGACAAAAAAGAAACAGAAAGAAGAACAUGAAAGGUUGGAAAAGGAAAAGACAGAGAAUGAAAGACAUAAAGAGGUUACUAAAGAAUCAGUAUUGAUAAGAAUUAAUACCGAAGAGGUUGUGGAAAGGGAAAGCGUGGGAGAAAGUAAGAAAGGGAAAGCGGGUGAAGGAAGUGGGAAAGAUAAAGCAGAAGCAGCUGAAUCAGGUGAAACUGUGCAAUCUCCAACUCAGAAGAAGGUUGACUAG